UACAGUUAUACAUUAAUAGGUCUGUACAGUGGUAUGAACUAUACUAUCACAGUGAGAGCUGGUAAUGUACUAGGAAUAUCUGAUUCAAGCAUUAUAUCAGCUAGGACAUCAUUAUCAAUUCCUGUAGGUGUACCAACAUCUCUUCAUGUUAAUCCAAAUACUAAUAGGAUUAUGUGGAAUGAGAUCAAUUGUUCUCAACUCAGUGGUAGAUUCAUUGAAUAUAAUGUACUUAUACAGAAUGUAUAUGUAAAUGAGCUUGUGUUUGGUACUGAGUAUAACAUCAGUGUAGCUGCUGUCAAUUCUGUUGGAAGAGGUCCCUUCAGUGAUCCUAUUUUAGUAGAGAUUGGAGCUACUACUAGUAGCAGUUGUAAUCCAUGUAAUGAUGGUGCUGCUAUUGGACUGGGGAUUUUUGUAGCUAUAUUGAUGAUUCUAUUAGCUGUUAGUCUUGCUGUCAAUAUCUACUGCUUUAUGAAAUUUAUAUAUCCUGUCAUUGCAACAAAAACAAAUAAAUCCACAACUAAAGAAGCAAAUAAAAUUGAUGAAAACAUAGCAAUGAAAGAAUGUGAAUCGUAUGGUGUCAGUGAAGCAGUAAUUUAUGAGGAGUGUGGUGAUAAAGUUAACAAAUCUACUACUGAUGAUAAACCAGUUAAACCUGUUGUUGUUGAUGAACCACCUGCUGCUGUUUAUGAAGCAUUUGAUACUGAUGAUAUCAUACAUGAUGUUGAUGACAUUGAUAUAUAUGAAGCAUAAACUACACUUCUUUAUGCACAGAUGCAUGCUGCGAUAAUAAAUGCUAUACUAAUAAAUAGUGUGACAUUAUUCAAAUAAUAAUAUAACAAGCUUUAGGGUAGAAAGAUGUCAGCCACAUCACACUAUCAAUUUUGUAAACAUUAAUUUUGAAAACAGAAACUUUCCUGUUCUUAUUCUCAUGUUCAUUGUAAUACAGAUAACCAAAAAUUAAAUGAAAUUUUUUUACCUCUUUAAUAGAUCAGAACUAUUGAUCGUUGUAUUGAGGUAUUUAUGAAGGUGCAUUCUGUGAUCUGGUUUGGUCAACACAAAAGAAAUAUACUUCAGUUCUAUAAGUACAAUAACAUUGUCAUUGAAGCAUGAAGGAAAGGAAGCAGUAAUAUUCACGACUGUAGAUUUGUUUACUUUUAAAUAAAGUUGCUGGCAUGUCUCUUCUGGUAGUGGCUGUCUUCUUGUUGAGUGUCAGUGAAGUUAUUAGUCAAUGUCCACCUUCCUCAGGUAUCUACCUGAUGCAUAAUGGAAACUGUUAUACUAAUGGAUCAUAUUUUUAUGAUAAUGACAUUCAGGGACAGAGUAACAGUAUCCAGUGUGUGUUACCUGGCUCUACUCUGAAUGGUGGAGAGUGGGUUACUUCUAGUGGAUCACCAGUUGAAUGCAGUACUAAUCCUCUUCGUUGUAAUGAGGUAUCUUCACCUAAUGCUAGCAUCAGUCUUUACAUUGAUGGAAGCAUAUCACCAUCAGAUGAUGGCUGGUACAAGUGUUGUCUACCCACUGAUUGUUCAGAUCCUAACACUAACAUCAUCUUUGCUAAUAUAUUCAGAUGGGCACAGAUCGAAGAUAUUACUGUUGACUUUCCUUCAGAUAUAACAGUUCUACCUCAAAAUUACACAUUGCAUGCUAUUAAAAUUGGUCAUAAUGAUCAUGAUUCAUUUGUACGACAUGUCUUAUGGUACUA